GACUGACUUGUGCCAUCUACUACUUACUCCCGAGAUAUGUGGUGAAUAUGUCUGGAUGCACUGUCUCGGUUCUAACCGAGCUGGGGAACAUGCAUGUUGAACCCUUUCUAAUUGCGCAUGAGUGGUAAGCAUGAUUCCACAUCCAUGUAGUAGCGUCUCGUCAAGCACGCCCUUCGGAGUAGAACACGGCGUAGCUACUUGGGCGUCAUCUAUUCAGCGUGGCCCAACUGCAAUCUUACGACGGAAGUACAAGAGACGGCCAGAAGCAAUAUAUAUUGCGAUAGAUUUGUCACUAGAUUCACCACUGAAAUGCCUUCGCCCAUACUGCCCAAAGCCCUUGAGCCAGGCCAGACAAUUGCCUGGGUGUCUCCCUCGGCACGCUACAACGACACGCUACCGAAAGUUAUAGCGCGCGCCACCGCCGUGCUGGAGAGCAAAGGAUACGUAGUCCGCGAGUUGUUCACUCGCGACACAAGCAUACAGAACGGCAUCGCAAACCGACUGUCAGAACUUCGCACCGCGUUCACGGACCCGACCAUCGACGCGGUCUUCUGCACCAUCGGCGGGCCGGCCUUCACAGAGCUUCUUCCGGCGCUCCUGGCCGACACGGCCCUGCAUGAGGCGAUUCGAGCCCAUCCCAAGGUCGUCGUGGGGUACUCCGAUAUCACGGGCCUGCACUGGUUCCUGCACGCAACGACGGGCUUACGCACUUUCUACGGCCCUGGGGCCAUACCCGAGCUAGGCGAGCUCGCGUCCUCAGAAGACGAGGACAUGCCCCUUGCCUUCAAUGUGAGGAAUCUGUUCCGUGCCGUCGCAAACCGCUCGCCCAUCGGCGACGUCGAGCGCUCGCGGGUUUUCCACCCGGCCUUGCCGCCUUCUACGCUUGAUGAUAACUCAGAAGAGCCGAACGAGGUCCUUCCCAGCGCCGGCUGGAUCUGGUUGCGCCGUGGUAAGGGCACGGGGCGACUUUUCGGGGGGUGUCUGACCGUCAUGGCGCGGAUAGCCGGCGUGCGCGCGAUCGUGCCUGAUUGGCGGGGACGUAUCGUCUUCCUCGAGACGGCUGCCGGCGACGAUCUCGUCUCGGGAAACCCCAUCGACCGCGUGCAGGCCGGCAUAGCAGACCUCAUCGCACAGGGCGUAUUCGACGAUGUCGCGGGCUUGGUGGUGGGUCGUCCGUUUGGGUACCACACAUCCGAGAAGAGAGAGCAGUACGCCAAUGUGGUUAAAGGAUUAUUAUGCGAGGGUCCCAUGGGAGAGAAGAAAUUCCCCAUCUUGUAUAAUGUCGACUUCGGACACUCGUCACCGCUGCUUACGCUGCCUUUUGAUACGCUGGCUACGCUGGAUUCCGACAAGGAUCAGUUCGCUAUAAUAGAAUCUGCGGUGGUCUAGAAUUGGACUUUCAUGAAUGAGACCAACGAGAAGCCGAUGGCUCUAAUUAUCUUCUGUAGAGCUUUGUUGCACGUCUUUUCUGUGAUCUUGUGUGAGCGACCUCAGACUAGUGAAUUGUCAGAUCCUGUAGGACCAUCGAAAUUCUGAAAAGCAUGGAGUCUUACAUGACGUUUGGUCAUCAGUGGAAUUAUGGCCGAGACCCAAAGAGAAAAAGGAG